AUGGCUGAAAUCAUCGGCAAACGACAACGAAGAAAGAGCCUGAGCGUGUUCAGCCCAUCUCUCACAAUAUCAACCUCCAUCCGACCUCCACUCCAUGACCGAACACCCUCAGAUGAUACAUUGACCCGGGACAAGAAAACCCGACGGAAUUCUGGCUUCUUUGGUCGGUCUCACAGCCCCAACAGAGGGUCCGAUGGAUCGAACAACCGUCGCCCUGGGACAGCAGGCUCCGAUACCGCUGGCUUGUCAGCAUCCACCCCCGUCAUUGAAACCCCUCGCCCGCGGAGAAAAUCGCUGCAGAAAAAGCGAACCUCAGUGUUUGGAUCUCUGAAGUCAUUGCAUUCAUGGGAGGAUGAUGAACCUAUAAGUGCCUCCGUUGGCUCGAUGGCGGAUGAGCAAACCAUGGCCAGUCCCCGAAAUGGGAUCUGGUCAUCUGCGAUCCUCCACCAUGGGGAAGUGCAGACAACUGGAGGCAUGUGGAGGAAAAAGAGUCAAUAUUUGGUCCUUACGGAUACGCACCUCAUUCGAUUCAAGAACCAGGGGAAAGCUGCCGAUGUCUUUGGUGCUAUCCCCGCUUCUUAUGCCAAAGCUCCGGCUGUCCAUCGCCAAUCGGUGGCUUCAGUCACUUCUCUGCAGGACAUGCAAUUAAUGGCGACUGGAGAUUCAUCUGCUGGAAUCCCAUUAAACAGCAUAAUUGCGGUCUAUAUGCUGGAGGAUGCACGAUUAUCCCCAUCGGUCGAAGUGGCCUAUCUCGAUGAGCGCACACACAAAGCUACAUUGGUUCAAAUGCAGACAUCUGAUCUACAAGAAUUGAACCUUUGGAUGGUGGGCAUUCGCCAAGCCGCUCAGAUGGCUAGAGCAAAUUGUCCAAUGCCGUUUAGCAGGGGUUCAAUUGAGUAUGUAACGCGCAUGCUGGAACACGAGCGAGAUUACGACCCGGAGGUGUUCCGCAUGUUCCGAGUCAUCCAAAUCGCCUCCAGCAAGUCAAUCACCCGCUCUUCCUCUGACGACCUGACCAAAUUGUCGCCCACGGGCUGCUAUCUUGCCAUUGGCGCGCACAAGCUUCAUCUGCUGCCGAUGCAGAAGACAACCAAUCGAUCAUCAGUUGUAUCCCUGUCAGAUUGGGAAUCUGGUACUUCGUUUGGUCUCAUGAACCUGACUGGGUUGUCGAUGGAGUACGGUGACGAUAGCCUGCAUCUGACAUUCAGGGUUCCUCUCAAGAAAUCAUUCAAUGUUUUCCUGGCCUCCGUUCAUUCUGUUGAAGUCGCUUGCUGGAUCCGACAACAUACUGAAUAUCUCCGUCCAUUGUGGAUAAGGCAGCCGUACGAGUUCGUUGUCCCGAAAGAACUGCAAAAUGACGACAACUUCCCACCUGUUGCUUUAGAUGAAGAUUAUGGGUGCUUCGACCGAACGCUGGUCGCCUACUCCGCCAGUUAUGAUAUCGACACAUCGAAUAUUCGAUACACAAUCGACCAGGAAUGCGAGGAUGCUCCAUGCUUCCGUCUCCUGAAGCCUGCUUCACCAAAAACAGCCCGGUACACCGCUUUAGAACUCAUUGCAGUCAUGCGCGCACUUCGCUAUAAUGAAUUCUUCCGGUCAAUCUCGUUCCGUGGGAUCAAUCUCGAUGCAUUGCAGGGCCUUCGUGAUAUUCAUGGGGUGGAUCCUGAUGUCCAUCUUGAUCGAGGUGGCGCCUUCGUGCACAUUCCAGGUCAGGCGAAUCUGACUGUCCUAUCGCAAGAGGUGCGAGCAUUAGCCUUGAAGAGCAAGUGGCUGCGCCGACUAGACUUCUCUUACUGCCUUACACGCAUACCGACACCAACUCUCGAUAAGGGUACUCGCGAUCCAGGCUGUGGGAUUCCAGAAGCGAUCUUCCCCGUGUGCCGUCGAGAACUGACCAGCGUGGAUUGGGUCGUACUCAACGGCAUCAAGCUGGGUGAGUCGGAUCUGGACUAUCUUGUCGAUGCGGCUUCGCAAAGGCGUAGUCAUCUGCGAGCUUUGGAGGUCGGGGACUGUGGAUUAUCCGUGCAUGAUCUAGACCUUCUUCUGUCCACGCUGGUUGCACAGGAAUCCACUCUCGAGGCGAUCAACAUAUCGGGCGUGCAGGGCCGGUUGAAUCCCGAUGUACUCCAGCAGUACAUCGGCUACUUCGGACAAAUCCGCAAAAUCAACUUAUCGCGCAUCUCACGGACGUCUGGUGCCGACCCGCUCAUCACGGCUGAAAUGCUGUUCAACUGGCGACUCGAAGAGCUGGCUCUCAGUCGGACGGCUUUGAAUCGCGAGACUGUGGAUGCCAUUGCUACUUACCUGGCUAGCGAUCGUUCCCGUAACCUUCGGGUGAUUCGUCUUGAUCAGUGUGGUCUGACUGGAGAAGAUGUGGCUAUGUUUAUGCACUCGAUGUCCCUUGGACCUGAUGCCCCGCGCAGCCUCCAUCUGCAUGUCAACGAUAACCGCCUUGACAAUGGCUGCUCUCAUAUUUUCAAUGCUAUUGCGAAGAACAAAACCCCCUCGCAUCUGUCAAUGCGCAUGAUUGAUUUCAAGAAAGAAGACCAUUUCCGUCAAAUGGUAAAUUCACUUCGAAAUAACAGCACCCUUAAGUUCCUGGAUAUCUCAAAGGCCUCCCUCCCAUAUGAUGCUAGCCCUGAGACCUGCCGAUCGUUGCAGGUGAUGCUCGAGGAGAAUGAGACUCUUGAGGCUUUGGACAUCAGCGGUGACAAUGCGCAUCUUGAUGUUGCACGCUUCGGCAUUGGCCUCAAUCUAGCGCUGACUGGCCUGAAGAAGAACAAUUCCCUAAAGGUCCUGAGAAUUGAGCACCAGAAACUCGGUCUUCAAGGUGCGAAUACGCUUGCCUCUGUCUUAGAGGAGAAUGAUUCGCUGCGCGAGGUGCACUGUGAGAACAAUGAUAUCAAUCUGCAAUCAUUUACGGUGUUGGUCAACGGCCUUCGGUGCAACCGCUCCCUUCUCACUCUCUCUUGCAUGGACCGGGAUCGAACGCUAUCCUUGGAUAAAGUACGCCGAGAGGUGGAUCAUGUUCGAUGGGAGUCUAGUAACAGCAGCCAAGCCUCCACCGCAAACUCGGUCCGUCGCUCUCUGUAUGCAGCGAUGAGCGUUGGCCAAGGGGGGCAAGGGCACAGAUUGAGCAAGGCACCGCCACCUAGCGUUGCUUCGGCCAUGGAACACUCUCCGUUUGCCAACCACAACGUUGAACUAGUCUUGCAAUCUCUGAAUGAGAGAUGGGAUUCAGAAGUCGCCCGGCUUCAUCGAUACCUCCGCCGCAACUACAACAUUGCCCAUGGGAUUGAGGAAAUCGAUGAUGAUGCUAGCGAUGGACGGCCCGGAACAGCAGCGAGCCUGGGCACGAUGCUUGACAAUCUUAAAUUCGACGUUUCCGUGUCGGCAGAUGAGGUCCAAGCGUCCUCACUGCCAGACGAGUCUCCUGCUGCCACCCGACUCUCAGAGACAUCCGACACUCUAUCCCAUACCUCUUCGAACAUCGAAUCCACUUCUAUACAACCAAAGCGCCUUCCAUCUGAUACCCGUCGCCCCCACACAGCCGCUCCUGCCCAGUUCGUUCCAUCCAGUCACGGUUCUUCAACCUCAACCUCUCGCCUGGCUAUACCCGUCCCGGCUGUGCCCCCAGCAGUCCAGAAGGCCGAGAGCGUCCGCAGCGCACGCAGUUCUUCCAGCAACGCCUCCAUAGGUGCCGGCAGUACGCGAAGCGCCUACGGCGUCGCUUCGUCAACCCUAAGAGGCUUCCUCAGCGGCACCGCGAUGAGGGAACGUCGCCGUGCGGAUGGAGUGCGUCCCUCGCAUGUGUAUAUCAACAGUGACAAGCCGCCUCAGCUCGACUGGGCACCACCAAAGGUCGACUUGGGAGAGCUCCAGUAG